CCGGUGCAGCAGUAGCGUUGUUAUAAAUACAGCCCGGAAGACAUGUAUCAGUUCAUUAAAUAGAAGCAAGAGUACAUGUGUGUUAAACUAGCGUUAGAAACGUAAAGGACCUUUGGUGUUGCCUUUCUUGUUCCAGAGAGAUGCAGUGCCUGUCCAGAUCACAGAAACUAAGCCAAGUUUACGUGGGAUCCCACUGACACUAAAGAAAGGUUUGCAUUUUUCAGCCAGCUGUGGAUCACUACACAUCACCAUGUCUCAUCGGGGGUAUUUAACUGCUGUCAUAACAACAGUACUAGGGGCAACCUUAGGAGGGCUGCUCAUAUGGCAAGUUUACCGAACAAAAAGAAAGAGGCUGCCUUCCGUCCAGAAGGUGGCUGAUCCUGUGGAAUCUCCAUGUCCUGUUGAAAAGGAUUUUACGGCUGUGGAGUAUCAAUACACCAAACCGCCAUGUGUGCUGGAAAAGGAGUUUAAGGCUGUGGAGUGUCAGACUACACAGCUGCCUCCUCCUGUACAGAUGCCCUGUUCUGAACAGCUGCUGGGAGUGAAACCAGUCAUGGUGAACUCUGAAGAGGAAUGGCAGCAGCUGUGGCCACUGAUGCAAAAAGAGCUGUCAGUCUUCCCUGUGCUGGGGCUCGACUGUGAAUGGGUAAAGACCAAAGGCGUGUCUGUGAAAGGUCGAACCUCUGCGGUCUCCCUGCUACAGAUGGCCACGUAUUCAGGUCUCUGUGUCCUGGUGAGGCUGCUGGCGUUUCGCAGUGGCCAGCAGCCGUUUCCUCUCAGCCUAAUGGAAGUCCUCCGAGACCCACACAUUUUGAAAGUUGGCGUCGGUUGCUAUGAAGAUGGCAAGCGACUGACGCGUGACUACGGGUUGUCACUGACGUGUACAGUUGACCUGCGCUACCUUGCCUUAAGACAAAGGCAAGCUAAAGUGAACAAUGGCCUGAGUCUGAAGUCUUUGGCUGAAGAUCUCUUGAAUAUAUGUCUAGAUAAAUCCCUGGAGUUGCGCUGCAGUGACUGGGAGGCAGAUCAGCUGACGCUGCAGCAGAUGACUUAUGCUGCCAGAGAUGCCCAAGUUUCCAUCGCCCUCUUCCUCCAUCUCCUCUGCCUUCACUCUGAAGCCGGUCCCGAAUCUUCCAGCGGGAGCUCUUACUCCGAGUUGGUUGCCCGCUGCCAGGGCCUGGUGGACGUGCCCUUUAGGGGCCGAGGAGACGGAGACGACGGGGCCUCUGACGGAGAAAGGAAGCGGAAAAUGCGGAAAACGCCCACUUAUGAAAGCCCGGAGUCUGGAGAUCAGCAAGUCCCAGACCCUCGAAGGAAUAACAAGAGGAAACCGCUGGGUGUGGGCUAUUCUGCCAGGAAGUCUCCACUCUAUGAUAACUGCUUCCUCCAUGCUCCAGAUGGCCAGCCUCUGUGUACCUGUGACAAGAAGAAAGCCAAAUGGUACCUAGAUAAAGGAAUAGGAGUGCUCCAGAGUGAAGAGCCUUUUGUAGUGAGGCUGCUGUUUGAGCCGUCGGGACGUCCCGACUCCCAACAGGACUAUUAUCUCACUGCGAAGGAGAAUCUCUGCGUGGUCUGCGGGAAAGAAGAUUCCUACAUCAGGAAAAACAUUGUGCCACAUGAGUACAGGCGGCAUUUUCCCACUGAGAUGAAGGACCACAACUCCCAUGACAUCCUGCUGCUCUGCACCAGCUGCCACGCCGCCUCCAACGUGCACGACGGCUUCCUGAAGCAGCAUCUGGCUGAGGAGUUUGCCGCCCCUCAGGGCUGCGAGGAGGGAGUUCGUCUGCUGGAGGACUCGGACCGUCGGCACGUGCGUUCGGCGGCCCGGGCUCUGCUUACCGCCGUGGGGCUGCCGGAGCAGCGGCGGGAAGAGCUGCAGGCUGUGAUCAAGAGUUUCUUCGGCAUGAACGAGGAGCAGGAGCUGACGGUCGAGGCGCUGCAGCACGCCGCCAAUUUGGAGACGAGGAUUUUCAACGAGGCGUACGUGGCUCACGGUCUGAAGGUGGUGCAAGCCAGUGCCAAGCAGGGCCUGCGGGGCCUGAUGGACCUGGAGCGCCGCUGGAGGCAGCACUUCCUCACCACCAUGCAGCCUCGCCACCUGCCUCCUCUCUGGUCCAUCGACCACAACCACAGCAAGUUCCUCCGCAAAUACGGAGAGGACCUGCCCAUCAAACUCAACUGACCACGAGCAGCUACCGACCAGGACAGGAGACGGUCUCGUCUGCUGGUUGCUCCGUUAACGUCACACGCCAAGACGCUUUUCUUUUUAGUGAGCGGAUGAAUGAACUUAUCUACCAGCCGAGACCAAUGUUAAUGAAAUGUUACCAGCAUGUUCAAGUUCCCACGAUGAGAGUGUGUGUGUGUAAAUACGCUCAAUCUGCGAUGGCCAUUGGACAACAUUUCACUUAAUUUCCAGUGCCAGUAAGAUGCUGCUAGGUUGCUACCUAGCUCCUGAAUGAACUAAUGGAACUGUAAACAGUUCAAGACUCCACUAGUGGAAAGAAAUCCAGCACUGAAUCUGAAAAACACUAACGCUACAACGUCAUGCGAUUGCAUAUGGACAUUUUUUUAUUAUGAAAAAUGUGUAAUUAUUUAUGACAAAGUAAAAAAUAUUGACAUUUAACUGAUUUUUAGAAGAAGCUGCAGCCUGCUCUUAAUGUCCUCUAAAUGGAACACCCCCUCUUCCCCCCUGCAGGUUAGCAGCUAUCAGUCACAGAAUAAACUAUAUCUCUUUGCAGAGAGGGUCAUUUUAAUAUGACCUUAAAUUAUUUGGUGCUCCACCCUGCUUUUGUUUUCAGUCUAUUGUCUGUUUUAAGUCAAUAGAUGAAAGUUUCCCAGAAGCAUCUUUUUAAAUCAAAUUCCAUCUUUUCCCUGUU